GUCAAUUGCAGCAUGUCACUCCAGCACGCGAUUGUUAUUUAAACCAAGCGUCAACUUAUUUCCAUAUUUCUAUCUACAAUUUUAACAAAACUUUGGUUAAAAUGAUUGGUGCGGCUAUGGAGACUGUGGAAGAAAAUGGCGGAUUAAACGAACCAACUUCACUUAGAGACAGACGACCAAGUGUUGAAGCUCUGCAGAACAUGCUGAAGAAAGUCUCUCAAAGUCCUUUUCACAGCAAGUACCAGAGCGGGUUACUGACCAUGGAUAAAGAUCUGUCUGCAGCUACACAGAAUGGAGUCCACAAGCCCUCAGCUAACCCGUUCUACUCCUACUACCUGGAAAGCACCAGUCCAUCAGAGGAAAAUUCAACUGAAACAUCAACAGACCCUCCAAACAUGGACUCCAUCUUUGGUCUUCCUCCUGAAUCUCAGAGUUCGCUAAUGGACUCACUGGCAUCUGUGGGAAACCAGUCUAAUUUAUAUCCACAAAAUGACUUUCUUUCUGUUAAACCAACUCAGGAUAUUUUCCUAAAGUCAAAAUUAUCUCCAGAUUUUCAUGACGUGACUCUUGAUUCGCCGGAUUUAUUUAGAACCACGCCACCUUCCGCCUUGCUCAGCAGCAACAAGUCAGACACUGAGGAUUUAAUUGUAGCAGCUCAUUCAAAGGAAGUGAGCCAAUCUUUCAACACUUCUGACAGUUUGUUCCACCCUACACCAUCCUCAAACCCAUUUUACUCAACAAAUUCCAGUAAUUAUGACAAAGAAAACCAGUCCCCAGCAUCUGUUAAAAGCAAUGAUAUUUUCAGUACAAAUGCAAAUGAGAAAUUGGAUAUUUUUUCACCGUCCAGUUUAAGCAGCGUGGACCCAUUCCCGAGUCAAGUUACGAGGGAUAUUGACUUUUCCAGCUUAGAAGAUCCGUUUGCAGAUUCCCCUUUGAAAUUUUCCGAUCCCUUCCAAAAUGCAUCGCUGGAUGCUUCUGAUGUUUCAUUUUCACCCAAAGCAAACAACGCUGUUGAUACAGUUAAAGUUCCACCGAGCAGACCCAAACCUCCAAGGCCCACUCCUCCCGUCCGGACCCCCAAAGCCACCUCCCCUUUGUCAGAUAAACCAAAAGAGAUCGUCCUCACCACUCCACAGGGGUCCCAGCACAGUAUACUGCAGCCCACUCCAUUUGUCCAGGCCAACAGCCCGUCUGAGUCACCCAGCCAGUCACCAAAACUCACAAACGUAACGAACUUCAGACGUCCUCCUAAACCGCUCCCUCGGAUCAGACGCUCCAGACCCUCCGUCACCUCCAACACCUCCAACACCUCCAACACACCCAAUACCCCCAACUCCCCCAACUCCCCUAACUCCCCUAAUACCCCUCUUAGCCCCACAAGCCCCACAAGCCCCAGCAGCCCCAAACCAACCCCUCCCAUAAAACCUCCCAAACCCCAGAGACCCUCCCCUCCUGUUCUGCCUGCUCUGCCUGCUUCGGUAACACAAGAUGUGUCUGAACCAGGUGAAGCAAUGAAGUCCCCAGAACCCGCUGCCCGCAAACCUCCCAAACCUCCAGCCCCCAAACUGUCCCCGAAGCUCACCUUUAAAAAGCCUGUGCUCCAGAAACCAGUCAUCCGCCGCAAACACAAGGAUACAGACAAAGUAGUGGAUCCAAGUGAUUAUGUUGCUUUUGAAAACAUCCUUCUCAUUGGUCAGGAGCACUGUGUUGAAGACUGGCCUGAGGACAGUCCUGAGGUCCAACCCGACUUUAAACCACGUGGCACAUUGAGACUCCGCAGAGAGUCACUAAUGAACAAAACAGACUCAGACAAUGAAGAUCUUGAUGAACUAGGCAGCAGUACAAAGAAAAAGGACAGGAAGUUCAGCUUAACCAUAGGGUCCAGAAGAGACUCAAAGGACCGGUUUUCUGAUGAGUGUUCCUCAAGCAGAAGUAGGACAUCUUCACGAAAAUCAUCUAGGGAGUAUUUCACAGACAGUCCUUAUUCUUCUCAAGAAUUUAGGAAAGACGAUAAAGAAGAUCCAGACCAGUGGGUGGACUACAAGAAACCCCAUUUUAAAGAUAAAGUGAACAGUAUAUUGAGGAGAUCAUCAGCUGCAGCUGUUCUCUCUGACCAAAAACACAUGAACGGAAAUGUGCCUCACGAAUCCAAGACUCCUGAGUUUAAAAAGAGCAUAAAGGAUUCAUUCAGACGCCACUCAGAGGGAGCCAUGAUAGAUGCAGAAACAGAAGAUGACUUUGAAUCUAAGAAAUCCAGGAAAUUGAAGAGUUUAAAAUUUCUGCCCAAUAUAGGAUUUGGCCAUAACAAGAAUGGUGACGGUGAGCCAAAAGGAGCACAUGGAUACACACCUCAGAAAGGUUCAAAGGAGGACUUGUUUGGCACACAUACUAACUUCUCCACACGGUCAAAGUCUAUGGAUGAUGGACUGGAAGAAAUGAAAAGUCAAAAUCUUCAUCCCCUAAACAAGGCUGGUAAUAUGAAUGGGGCAUAUUUAAAAAAGUCCAAAACGCUCUCACCCACUAGCCUGAAAGGAUACGAAGAGGAUUAUGAAACUGACCUCAGCUCUCCUCAGCAGGACUAUAAUGGUGAAUUUGAAUUUGAAGAUAUUGAUGCUCUUAAAGGGAAACAGGCUCUGAGUCCAACUGAGAUGAACUACUAUGAAGAGGAUGAGUUUGACGCCCGUGAGCAGAAAAAGCCUUUCAAAAUCAAAGCCUUUAAGAAGCUUAAAACCAAGAGCAAGUCCAUGGAUCUCCUUAGUGAAGACCCUCCAGGAGCAACAUCUAGUGACUACAUGUCAGAGGCAGCAAGGGCGGAGUUUAUGGCUGCUGAAAAGGACAAACGUGCCAUGGAUGACUUUGACGAAGGAGAUGCAGAUGGGGACACGGACAGUUUGAUGGAGUGGUGGAACACUGUUGAACAAUGGGACGAGGUGCCGUCAGAUGAAGAAGAAAUGGCUCUACAAGAGGAUGAGUCCAAGUCUUUCUCCAUUCUGGCAGACAAAGUUCGGCGUGGCCUGCGUCUGUUUAACAAAGUAUUUAUGGAGCGAGCUGAGACCCUGUGGCAGUCUGUGAUUUCCCUUCACACCAUUGCAGACGACAUCAGCACCUUCCACAGCAAAGCCAGGAUCGCAGGCAUCACAGGGGGCACCACCACAGCCGUUGGGGGGGUGGCCGCCAUCGCUGGACUGGCCCUGGCCCCGGUCACAUUUGGAGCAUCGCUGGUCGUCACGGCAGUGGGGGUGGGCGUGGCCACAGCUGGAGGGAUCACCUCAGCCUCUGCAGCCAUUUCAGACAACGUGAACAACGCAAAUGACAGGAAGAAGGUGGAGGCAUUGCUUCUUGAUAAUGAAGUCCACCUGAUGGAGCUCUCAAAGAUCUUGCACUUCUCCAACACUGGUCUGUAUAAGCUCCGUGGACAUCCGUUCCUCCGCUCCGGGACGCAGCAUUACUCUCAAGACUGGGAGGUGAGGAGGGACGUUCAGAUGAUCAGUUUGGUGGACACUCCGGUGAUGAAGGCCACGGACUUCAUCGACUCGGCGGUUACCACGGUGCAGAGCUUGUUUCAGGGAAUGGACAAAUACUUCCUGAAAGAUGGAACACGUGAGCUGAAGAAAGGCUGCAAGAAGGAGAUUGUGGGUCAGAUCAAAGACGUGGCCAGUGUGUUAAAUGACUGUAUUGUAGAACUGAAUGCGGUCAGAGAGGAGCUGCAUGACGCUAUAGGAGAGGUAUAGGAUAUCUUAGUCGGCCUGUCACAAUAUUUGCACUUUUUAGCACAUCGACUAUCAGCCUUAAAGGUACAUUGUGUAACUUUUCUGGUGGAGGGUCCGACAAAUGCUUUUCUCCAUGGAAAUGUUAUUGCUUUGUCUGGAAUGUUUCACAGUAUGGCGUCAAACCUUUCUAUCUUCAUGGAGACUGAACCAGACCAUGUUACAGGUCAGAUCCGUGGAAAGGCAACCCCACUCACAGUCAGAAUGUCUGUUUUUCUCUGUAUUUUUGAAUUAUAAAACCAUAAUUGAAUAAAUAUACAGGAGAGACUGUGGAACAUUCCAGGCAGAGCAGUGACAUCCAUAGAAACAAGCAGGUGACUGACCUUCCACCAGAAAAGUUACACAAUGCACCUUUAAAUUUCCAGCACAGGCCGGUAUUUGGUAUCUGAACAGUUUGUUUGCAGAAAUGUCCAGUUUGUAAUGAAACAGGAUUGUGGAUAAGUUUAUUGAAAAUUAAAUUUAUAUAAUAUGGGGGAAAUGACCAAAAUCUGCCAUAUAUAUCGGCCCAAAAAUAUCGUCCGUGAAACUGAUUUAAAGGUGUCACGUUUUAGUUGGUUACUUUUAGGUUGUUUCUUACCUGCUUGUGUCUAAGAAUAUGUCAUUGAACUGCCCGGAAUGUUCCACAUUAUGACAUUAAACAGCUUGACCUUACUUUUAUAAAAUUUCAGGUGAUUAUAUAGCUCAAAAAUACCUACAAAAACAGACAUUCUGACUGUGAGCCACAUAUCUGACCUCUAACUUGGUCUGAUUUGGUCUUCAUAAAUAUAGAAAAGUUUAAUACUGCACUGUAAAAUAUUUGAGACAAAGCAAUAAAGCUCCACACGAAAAGUUACAUAAUGCACCUUUAAGCCACUGAUGCAAAAAUGGACAUUCUUAUAAAAAAAAAAAAACAUGAACUGCAGUGAAGAAUGUAACGCUAAUUAAUUUGUAUCUAUAAUAAGUAAUAGAAAUUACUCUAGAAACCCUCAUCUGCUCUAGUCUUAUGAUAAUACAAGAAAUAACAAAACUAAAAAAAUUACAUGCAAUAUAUAUUGAAUGAUAAGUCGGUAUAGUAAUUAUUUUUGUGACAGGCCUACAUGCUGGUUUACAAUAGGUCAUUGGCUGUGUACAUUGUGCCCAGGUACAGUUACAGUUACUGACAUUUACUUUUAUUUUAUCUGUAUGGGAUUUUUGCAGAGUCACACUAAAAUGUACAAAUAUAUAAAAAUCAUGAUAUGGAUGCCGCUGAUAACGCGCUAAAGUGGGGGUAUUAUGCAAAAUCAGCUUUUGGGGGGCUUAGUACCAUGUUAUAAUAAUGUUCCCUCAUUAAAACAUGCCUGAAGAGGUUUUAUUUUUAUGUCAUCCUACCUGUUUGAAUAAUCCAGCGAUCUCUCCAGAGCAUUAUUUAAAUUGUCUUUAUGGUUAGCUGCACGAUUCUGUUCACAGCUCAAACCAUAAGCCUGUGUCACUCAUUUUCUACAAAAGCUUGAUACAAAACCAUGCACUACAAUUUCACAAACCUGAUGUACAAUGAAGCAUCAAAUAUGAACAGUUUUUUUUAUUUAUUUUAUUUAUUUUCAGUACUAUACAGACCAUUUGUGUGUCUGUAUCACAAUUCUUUUAUUUUAUUUUAUUUUUUUUUGCUAGUUGUCUUGGCGAAUUACAUAACUUAAUUCGAUCAAUGCCAGUGCACAUUUAGGAAACACCAGCUGUUACUUUUGUAAAGUUAAAUGUCAACAUGUGGUAUUGAUGUUAUGGACCAUUUGGUACAGCAUUUUUUUUCUAACACCCAUUCUUCCCACACAUUUUUUUUGUUUUAUUAUUAUUUUUUUGUGUGUGUUUUUUUAUUUAUUUAUUUUUUCAAUUUUGACAUACGAUUACAAAACAAAAAUAAAAAUACACAAAACCCACCCUCACCCCACCCCUCUCCACACUCAAAAGCACACAAAGCUAUACACCUCCCACACAAUUUAAUCUAAACUUUUUUAUUACUAUUUGCAGAAGGAUCAAAUGUUGUGUAUCUUUGUCAGUAAUGUAGAUAAUGAAGACUAAAUGAAUAAUACAUGUGAAUGUUAACAUUACAAUAAUACUUUUGUAAAUCAUUGCCAAAACAAAACAAAAAGUUUUAAUUUGCCACAAUAUUUACAAAAAUUAAGAACUAUUGUAUAUGUGUGUAUAUUAUAAGAACGUGCAUAUAAACUAUAAAUCAUUGUGAAUAAAGUCUAAUUCUUA